CUCUUCUCCCUCAACAUAUUUAUUUUUUCAUUUUGUAGCAAUUUGAACUUUUUUUUUUUUUUAAAUAUAAGAGAAUGAAGUUUGGGAAAAGAUUGAAGCAACAAAUUCAAGAAACAUUACCAGGAUGGGGUGACAAGUUUUUGUCAUAUAAAGAGUUGAAGAAAUUGGUGAAAUUGAUUUCUUCAUAUGCACCACAAAUGAUGAGUGGAUCAUUGGAGUAUGGUAAGGCAGAGGCUGAAUUUGUGUAUUUGUUGAAUAAUGAGAUUGAUAAGUUCAAUGCAUUUUUCAUGGAACAAGAAGAAGAUUUCAUUAUAAGACAUAAGGAGUUGCAACAGAGGAUAGGGAGAGUGAUUAAUAGAUGGGGGCCAAAUGGAAGCCAACCCUCUGAAACAGAUUGCAAAGAAGAAUUAGCAAAAAUUAGAAAAGACAUUGUUGAUUUCCAUGGUGAAAUGGUUCUCUUAGUCAAUUAUAGUAACAUUAACUACACAGGAUUGGCUAAGAUCCUGAAGAAAUACGAUAAGCGAACAGGUGGAUUACUGCGUUCGCCGUAUAUACAAAAGGUGCUUCAGCAGCCAUUUUUCACAACAGAUUUGAUAUCAAAGCUUGUAAAAGAGUGUGAAAGUACGAUAGAUUCAGUGUUUCCGCCUCCGUGUGGUGUAGAAAAAGGAUUAGUAUUAGGAUCAGGAGUUGCAGGGGAAGGAAUAUUUAGAAACACAGUAGCAGCUCUGCUUACGAUGCAAGAAAUAAGAAAAGGAAGCUCUACUUAUGGACGCUUCUCUUUGCCACCACUCAAUUUGACUGAACAAUCGGAUCUGAUUCAGUCACAAUCCUUGCAGCUCAAUUCUCCAAUUGCAAUUCCCUAGCAAGUUUUCAUGUAUUAUUAUUUAUAUAUAUAUGAGUAUUUAUAAUUAGUAGUAACACGUAUGAUAUGAUUGUGUAGUCUUUUGAUUUGGUAAGUAGUAUAUGUAGGCAAGUUGUUUUAAAUGAAUGAAUUGCUUGAGCAUGAA